CAGAGACAGACACACAGACAGAAAGACACACAGACACACACACAGCCCCCCCCCCUCCACCGGUGCCAUGCUGGCUGGCUCACGCUCGCUGCUUUCUCUCUUGCUCACCUCGCUCGCCCUGGCCUGCUCCAUCCUGGCCUUUUCUUCCAGUUACUGGUGUGAGGGGCAGCACAAGGUGGUGAAGCCGCCCUGCCUCUCUCCCAUCAAGACAAAGAAUUGCGGAGCCACUCAGAGCCAACCCUCCACCGCACAGACCACCACAGGGCAGAGCAGCAGCUCCUCAUCCCUGACACCCACAGGCAGCGACGGCGCCAGAGAGGGGGAGAGGGAGGUGGAGAAGGAGAGGGAGGUGGACAGAGAGAAGGAUUUGAACCGCACAGAGUCCCAGCGCCGGCAGGAGCAGCUCCGACUGAAAGAGGUGCAGCAGCUCAACAACGCAGUGCAGUACAUCUGGGAGACAGGAGAGGACAAAUACACCUUCCGAUACUUCCACACAGGCUUUUGGUAUUCCUGUGAGAGACAUCACGAUGGUGAGAAGUGUCGCAGUUUCAUUGAUCUCACUCCGGCCUCAGAGCAGGGGGUCCUGUGGCUGUCUGUAAUCUCUGAGUUCCUGUAUAUCUCUCUCCUGUCAGUUGGUUUCUUCCUCAUGAGUUUGGAGGUUCUCUGCUCCGGGAAUCGGAUGAGGAGACUCAAGAUCAACGCCUUUGCAGCCAUCUUCACUGUGCUGUCAGGACUGCUGGGGAUGGUGGCUCACAUGAUGUACAUGACGGUGUUUCAGAUGACCGUGAGUCUUGGACCCAAAGAUUGGCGCCCACAGAGCUGGGACUAUGGCUGGUCCUUCAUUCUGGCCUGGCUCUCGUUCAGUUGCUGUAUGGCCGCUGCCUGCCUCACUCUCAACUCCUACACCAAAACCCGGCUGGAACUGCGAUGCAGGCAGAGGCUGCGAUUGGACGAGGGGAGGGGAGGCCAUGCCCCCUCCUAUGAUGAUGUCAUGCUGGGGGCAGGGCACGACCGGCUCUUUUCAAUCAGCACUCUCCUGGAGCUCGGUGACAGCGGCGACCACGACGACCAUGACGACGACAGAGCGGGCCACGCCCCCCAACAACGCGUCAUAGAGUGGGUGGGGCCUCGCAUAGACCCGCCCCCUGUGUUCAUGGACCUGGAGUGUGAGGAGUGUGAGAGAGAGAUAGAGAGAGAGAUAGAGGAAGAGUGGAUGGAUGAGAGUAAGGAGGAGAGGAGGGAUGAGUUCUGCUGAGAGAGGAUGGGAGGGGAGAGGAGAGAGGAGAGAGUUAAUGUUCAGAAGAAAAUUCUGGACUUUCAGGGAUGCUUUUGAAAAUUGGGAAAGUGGACAAAACAAAAGGCUGAUUAAUGUCCAACUUUUUAAGAACAAAAUGGACACCAUUGCUCCCUCGAAGACAUGUGUGUGCAGACAUUUGACACCUACAGAAAGGAGCUUCACUCGGCUGGUGCAAGACUAGCUGAACGCAGCUGAGAUAUGUCUUUGUAAUUCAACGCGGCUCCAGAGAUCAGAUUUUAAAAGACAUGUCUUUGUAAUUCAACGCGGCUCCAGAGAUCAGAUUUUAAAAGAUAUGUCUUUGUAAUUCAACGCGGCUCCAGAGAUCACAUUUUAAAAGACAUGUCUUUGUAAUUCAACGUGGCUCAGAGAUCACAUUUUAAAAGAUAUGUCUUUGUAAUUCAACGCGGCUCCAGAGAUCACAUUUUAAAAGGUGACUCUCAAGCUGCGGGUGAAACGUGCCGGCUGCUCUCUUCAACAGCGUUUCUCUUCUGACAGGAAAGCUCUUGCUGUAACAUGUGUUUCUGUGGACAGUCCCCGUUGUGUUGUGCAGUGUGAGGAGGUUAUCCCGUCAGCUAGAGUCGGGGUGAGAAGAUAACUUCAGUUUUUAUUGUGUAACUGUAUUGAUAACACUUUCCAUUAAGUUUCUCUAAUUACUGUGUACAGUGAAACUGUGUUUAUCCGUGUGCUUUGGGAGACAUAUGUCCAGGGAUGUGUGAAAUCCGUGGAUAAAUGAGGUAUCUUCAGUGCUGUAGAGCAGGCCCCCCCCGCUAUUGAAAAUUCCAAUGAGACCAUGUUGUGGUCUGGGUUUGCCAAUGGUUCUCAUGUUUUAGAUUUAGAUUUGUCUACUUUUGGGAUGUAAUUGUUUUGCGCCUCUAGUACUACAUUUUUAAAAAAAAAUAACAGUCAUCCUUUUCUGUGGAUGUUUUCUCUGUUUUACUCCAAUCUACUUCUGUUAGUCUCUGUUUUCAUACCUUCAUAGUUUGCUUUUCUAAAAUUGUAAACCUUAGCUUUAGUCAUUACUUUUGGGGUUUUAAAAAAUACUUCAAAUGAGACCAUGUUGUGGUCUGAGUUUGCCAAUGGCUCUCUGACCUCUGUUUUAGUUAUUCUGUCUUCGUUAUUUGAAAAGACUAAAUCAAGGCAUGCCUCCCCUCUAGUCGGUGCCUUGACAAAUUGUGUUAGGAAGCAGUCAUUUGUCAUUUCCACCAUUUCAAUUUCGUCCGUCGUGCUCCCCACUGGGUUUUCCCAUUUUAUAUUAGUAUGGCUUCUCUUUUUCUACACGCAUUUCGAAUGUCAUUGUAUAACAGAUUAUUUUGCUCAGCGUCUGAAUUUGGCGGUCUAUAGCAUGCUCUUAUUAUUAUGCCCUUUGAAUUUGUGUCCAUUAUUCUGACCCAUAUUGAUUCUGCAUUGUUUUCUUUGUCCUGAUUUAACACCUGGGCUUCAAGACUAUUUCUUAUGUAUAGCGCUACCCCUCCGCCUCUUCUGUCCUGCCUGUCUUUCCUAUACAGUGUGUACCCACUAAUAUUAUAUUCGUCUCCAUUACUCUCAGACAACCAAGUUUCUGUAACACCUAUCACAUCGUAGUUACUUGUUAGUGCAGUAGCUUCAAGUUCUAACAUUUUGUUUCUGAGACUUCUAGCAUUACGAUAAAUACAUUUAAUAAUUGUCUUACCUGAGUUGUUGCCCUUGUUUUGAUGCGGUCUCCCUUCUGUUUUUUUGUUUUCUCCCCCCUUCCUUUCUAGUUUAAAUGCUUCUGAACCUCCUCAAGGAUCCUAUAUAUAUAUAAUUAUUUCUGUUUUACUUACUCAAUGUGAAACUUGUUGCUGGUGCUGAGCAACAAUUCUGUCAAGACGUGGAGGUAUCUUCACAAGCACAUCACACAUGUCAUGGUCAUUGCUCAUCCUGGCUCGGUACUUUGUUUUCAUCAAUGUCACGGCUGAAAAUCCGGUUUCGCAUAAGUAGGUUGUACUGAAUCCAACAUUUUCAGUGCUGCAGAAGAAGCAUUUCACUGAGGGAGCUGUCUGAUGAAAUGUCAGUGAGCUCUUCUAUCAGCUUUGAUGGGACAGAGGGUGGCAGUUUAGCUUCAGUAUUCUCACCUAUGGGGUUUGUAGCCCGCAGGUGUGUAGCGGCUUGUUCUGUCGUAUUAGAUUUGUGGAGUAGAGCAGACAGAUGCGCUGCCGGCUGCGGUUUGAUUACGUCAAAGUUUCGUUCCUGAAUGAAAGAAUGUAAGAGCUCAAACACACGAACUUUCCAGAGUUGGUUUCCUUUUGAAUGUGUCAGUUCUUUCACGCUGGGCAAUAAAAUGAGUGCUCCCACCUUGCAUAGUUUUAUUCUGCUUAUUUAUUUCACUGAAUAUGUCUGCGAGGUAACCCAGUUUUGCCAGCCACAUGUCAUCUUUCAGCACUUUUGCAAGUUCGGGUUUCUUAUCAGCUUAGAAAGUAUGUAACUCUUUCUUGAUAUUAAAUAUAUGGGUAAGCAUUCUGCCUUGAGCUAGUAAUCUCACCUCUGUAUGCAUGAGCGGGGAAUGGUGCUCUGCACCCGCUGUCACACAGCUGAUCAGUGCACUGAGAGUCUUCUGAUGUAAAAACGAUCCGUCAUUUCACAGUGUCAUUUGACGUUAGUAUUUUUGCCAAUUCCUUGGCCUUCUGCUCUCUAAACAUUUCCUUUACAAUUUCAAUGGCACACAGCCUUAUCAACUCCUCAGCAAGGUUAUGUUAUUUUCUAGGCUAUUUUCUAGGUUAUUUUCUCCGUUGUUUCUAGGUUAUUUGAUCUAUUUUCUCGGUUAUUUUCUAGUUAUUUCUGUUAUUUUCUAGGUUGUUUUUAUCUAUUUUCUAGGCUAUUUUCUCUAUUUUCUGUUAUUUGCUCUGUUAUUUUCUGUUAUUUUAUCUAUGUUCUCGGUUAUUUUCUGUUAUUUUAUCUAUGUUCUCGGUUAUUUUCUCGGUUAUUUUCUCUGUUUUCUCUGUUAUUUUCUGUUAUUUUCUCAAUAUUCUGUGUCUGAAUCUUUCUUUCCCACAUGAGUAUUUUGUGUUUUGUUAAACAAUUAAAAGGUUGUUAUUUUUGUAAA